AUGUGCGAACUCUUGCCGUCCAUAUCGAAACCUAGUGACGAGGAGAUGAAGGCAAACAUCUCGUCGUUCUUUGGGCCGGCUACGCAUACAGCAGCGCCAGACGGGUCAGUCAGCGGCCACUGCCUCAUGAUGGAUGGGAUUGCGGUCGAGCAGCGAGCGUCGUACUCACGAGUGACAAAUGAGGUGGUCGGCCUUUGUCGUGAACACUCCGGAGCUCUAGAUCUUCAUGUCAUCAGUCUAGACGCCAUCAAGCAUGUCGCCGCUGCUCUCAACGACGAAGUACCAACCUGUCACCUCGGUAAGGAAUGUACUGUGGCGGCCCUGGCUCCGUACCGUGCCAAGAACUAUCAUGCCGUCCCUAUCCUCGUCUCGCCCAGCUGCAAGGCGGAGAAGGCGGAGGAAAUGGCCGAGUGGAUCCGACGAUUUCUCAAGUGGUGGAAGGAGAGCCCAGAUGGAGAGGCGCGCCAUGGCCCGAUAUGGUGUGUUGCAACAGACGGUGAUGGAACGUUUCGGCGAGCAAAGUUCGCACUCUUGAUGCUGGCGACACUGUCUCCGGAGUCACCUCUGUAUCUGGACCUUGUACGACUGGAAGGACUGAAUCUGUGGACGGGCGAAGAUGAGGUGACCGCAAGCGCGGACUUCAAGCACGUCUUCAAGCGCUUCGCGACACUAUUGCGCUCGAGCGAGGGAAUCCUGGUCCAGGACACAAUAAUCAAUCAGGACUCCCUCGCUAGGCACCUGGUGAAGCUUCCGGGCCUGAACGCCUACAAGGUUGCGAACCUCAUCGAUCCUAGCGACCACCAGAAUGUCCCGAAAGCGGUGGAGCUCCUGCAAGCUGUAUCUAACCUGCGUGGACGCGAUACCUCGAGCUUCAACCCUUCGGAGCUGAAGGCGCAUCAUGCUAUGUCUCUGUUCGCCGACGUCAUCUGGGCAUUCCUCGAGCCAUUCAUCAACCUCGACCUUUCCCUCUCUGAGCAACUACGCCUGUUGGCGCGCUACGCUCAUCUAGCUUGCAUCAUGUACCGACACCAUCGCACCUCGUUCAUGACAAGCCAGUUGUACAUAGACACGCAGAUGAUCGUCAAGAACAUCGUAUUCAGCGUAAAGAAGCAGCAAGUUCUCGACUCGAGCAAGCCUUUCUACAUCAUCCACGAUGGCACGGACCGUCUGGAGAUGGCAUUCUGUGACGUCCGGACCCAGGACCAUGCUCGCAACUUCGAUACCCUCACUCUCAGCCGCAAGCUCUCCAUCUCGGCAAAUAUCAACGCCAUCAUGCUCAAACACCCAGAGCUAAACCGCGGCCACCGUCGCAUCAAGCUGUCGAACCGAGAAGGCCCAGACCAUACCAAUCCUGCCUCAACCCGUGGCGAUCUUGUCGUCUCCAACGUGUCCCUUCAGCUAGUCUGGAAGCAAGGGCGAGAGGACGCCGAGCAGAUACUGGCCGCCCACAAGGUUCCAGGUGUCUCCUUUGCAGCGCUCUGGAAGGUGUCAGACCUCGACCUUAUGCGGCCUUUAGGCAACGGUCACUACAUCGGGGUGCAGCCAUUCGAUGUCGCAGACCGCUCCGUAGCGUCUGAAAAUUCUACGCACCCAUGCCCCCAACCAUCCCCCACGCCGACCGCCGCCAGCGGUACCAAUACCGGUCAAGACGCACUCGACAGCCCUGCUGCUGAGAUAGACCUCGAGGAUCUGAUCGCCACGGAGGUGACAGACAAGCACACCUCCGCAUCCGACUGGGUGGAAGUCGUUCACGACGAUGGCACGCGCGAAUUCUAUCACAAGUCAUCCUUAGUUCGUAUCGGCCUCGCCAAGAAGGACGGGGGACGUAUCGCUAUCGACCGCCAGCUGCGCAGCCAAGGUGUCAAACGCGACCGCUUCCGACAGGUCACGGAGGUCACCAGUGAAGUAACCGACAAGGUGAUGUUCUACACAGGCGACAUCGGCGCUGGCCUGGUCCGAUGCGGGAACACUGUCACACUCGCAGUCGUAGAGGUUACGAGCCUGUCCGUCAACGGGAAGAAAGUCAGCCAGAUCCCGGUGGACAGCUGCGGUGACGUGAAAGCAGGUGUCGUCGUCAGUGGAGAGCUUCUCGAGAUCUGUCUCACGGCCGGCCAUGCCACUGCGCUCGGAGUCCCAUCGGAUGGCGGCGAAGCACUCCCAGACGAAUCUCCUGAGUGGCUCUGGGCUGGGAGCUUCCUACAAGUCAAAGGGGCAUCAGCCAAAUCCUCCGAGUCGUCGGCCAACCAUACCGGACCUGUACAUCUUGCCGCUAGGCAGACGUCACAAUACUGUGUUCGCUUCCCUGGCUGGCUCUUCUUCCCCAUCUCUCCCGACAUGGUCCGCAUCAAUCCAGACUCGAACACGCCACUCGGAGCCCACGAGCCACCCAUCACCUGGCGCUUCAGGUCUUCAAAGCUGCAGCAGCUCGUCGCCGACCUCUGGGCUAACUCCGAAGCAUUCUCCGAGUCGCCUGGAGACAUCCUUGAGGAAAUGGUCACAGUCGAUGAAGAAGCGCAAUAUCCCUAUCGUAGAGCAGACGGUCAACCGGCGUUUGUCAUCGAGAACCUGCCUGACGACCUGCGCGUCCAGAAGCUGGACAAGGACGCGCAGAUCGCGUGCCUGCUGUGUACAAAGACGAUCAAGCUGCGCGACAUGCGCUCGCAUGUUGGCACACACAUUCUGCGAAGCCAAGUUGGGAUUAGUGAGCCGCUUUUGACCAGGAAGCCCGGUCCCUCACAUCCCUGUGGUUUCUGUGGUUUGAGCGGCUGCUCGAUCGCUCUGCGAUCGGCCGGUAAGAAGAUGGAGAUUCGUUCGAACUGCAAAUACCAUUAUGAUUUCAGUUACAAUGCAGCACUUCGAAGCACUGCAAACGGGCCCUCAACAAACGUACCGGUACACUGUCCGAUCUGUCCCAUCGACCCGGGAACACAGCUGCCUCCAAGCUACUGGAGAUACAACCUGGAGGAUCACAUACACCACGACCAUGCGGAGGAGGCACUCGCCAUUGCAGCAGGCACCGACACUCCGCUCGCCGCGAAGGCUGCCCGGGUCAAACAUGUCUCGAAGGCCGAGGCCGGUCGUCUUGGGAUCAGAGCGGAGGUCUUGACCGCGUACCGCCACACUAAUGGCAUCCCAGGAUCCGACGAUGUUGACCAGAUGGACACAGAGGACGCCGAGAAGAGGGGGUACGCAGGAGCAUCUGGGUCAAGAGGGCAAGCUGCUGGCGGGGUGCACAACCAGAGGAAGCGGGCGGGCACGUCAACCGUGGGGAACGCGCAGCUACCGCUGUCAAAACGGGCGGCAGCGUAG